AUGGCAAGCCCCGGCUCCGGCUUCUGGCCUUUCGGGGCCGAGGAGGGCUCCGCGGCCGCCGAGAGCCCCGGCACAGCCAGAGCCUGGUGUCAGGUUGCCCAGAAGUUCACGGGAGGGAUCGGAAACAAACUCUGCGCCCUGCUCUACGGAGAUGCCGAGAAGCCCGUGGAAACUGGCGCCAGGGCAGCGCCGGGGGCAGCGGAGCCGCGGCCGGCCUGUACCUGCGACAAAAAACCCUGCGGCUGCCAAAAAGCGGAGGUGAAUUACGCCUUUCUGCACUCAACAGAUCUUCUGCCAGCAUGCAACGGAGAAGUAACAACUAUGUCUUUCCUACAAGACGUUGUGGACAUUUUACUUCAGUAUGUGGCAAAAAGUUUUGAUAGAUCAACAAAAGUUAUUGAUUUCCAUUACCCAAAUGAGCUGCUUCAGGAAUAUAACUGGGAACUGGCAGACCAGCCACAGACCUUGGAAGAAAUUUUAUUGAACUGCAGAACAACUCUGAAGUAUGCAAUUAAAACAGGGCACCCUAGAUAUUUUAAUCAACUUUCAACUGGAUUGGACAUGGUUGGCUUGGCAGCAGACUGGCUGACAUCAGCAGCAAAUACUAAUAUGUUCACCUAUGAAAUUGCUCCAGUGUUUGUACUUUUGGAAUAUGUCACACUAAGGAAAAUGAGAGAGAUGGUUGGCUGGCCAGGGGGCUGUGGCGAUGGGAUAUUUUCACCUGGUGGUGCCAUAUCUAACAUGUAUGCUAUGUUGAUUGCACGUUUCAAGAUGUUCCCAGAAGUUAAAGAAAAAGGAAUGGCAGCUAUUCCCAGACUGGUUGCCUUCACGUCAGAACAUAGUCACUUUUCUGUGAAGAAAGGGGCUGCGGCCUUGGGUAUUGGUACAGAUAGUGUGAUUCUGAUUAGAUGUGAUGAAAGAGGGAAAAUGAUCCCAUCAGACCUUGAAAGAAGAAUUCUUGAAGCCAAACAAAAAGGAUUUGUUCCUUUUCUGGUGAGUGCCACAGCUGGGACAACAGUGUACGGGGCGUUCGAUCCUCUCAUAGCUAUUGCAGACAUCUGCAAGAAAUACAAAAUCUGGAUGCACGUGGAUGGAGCAUGGGGUGGCGGGCUCCUGAUGUCAAGAAAACACAAGUGGAAGUUAAAUGGCGUUGAAAGGGCCAAUUCAGUGACCUGGAACCCUCACAAGAUGAUGGGCGUCCCGCUGCAGUGUUCAGCCCUGCUAGUAAGAGAAGAGGGGUUGAUGCAGAGUUGCAAUCAAAUGCAUGCUUCCUACCUCUUUCAACAAGACAAGCACUAUGACCUGUCUUAUGAUACAGGAGACAAGGCUUUGCAAUGCGGACGGCAUGUUGAUGUCUUCAAGCUAUGGCUGAUGUGGAGGGCAAAGGGAACCACAGGAUUUGAAGCACAAAUUGAUAAGUGCUUGGAACUUGCAGAAUACCUAUACAAUAAAAUAAAGAACAGAGAAGGGUAUGAAAUGGUGUUUGAUGGAAAGCCUCAGCACACAAACGUCUGCUUCUGGUAUAUACCUCCCAGCUUGCGCAGUAUGGAAGACAACGAAGAAAGAACAAGCCGCCUUAUGAAGGUGGCACCAGUGAUAAAAGCCAGGAUGAUGGAGUAUGGAACGACCAUGGUGAGCUAUCAACCCCUGGGAGACAAAGUGAACUUCUUCCGGAUGGUCAUCUCAAACCCCGCAGCAACUCACCAAGACAUUGAUUUCCUGAUUGAUGAAAUAGAACGCCUGGGACAAGAUUUAUAA